ACCGCCACUGCUGUGCCUGACCUCCCCGGAAACGCCCGCCCGACUGCCCCCGACUCUGGCAGUGGGGCCCUCCAUGGCAGUGGGCACCUCCCCGUGAAACUUGCCAAGCUGGACGCCACAGCUCCGCACCACGACGACACUUCGGCCAGCUCCGUGCCCCCUUGGGAGGCGUGCGACCAUGCAGUCCUAGCCAGCAGCCCGGGCAUCCCUGAGGAGCACUACAUCAGUGAGGCUGUGGAAGAUGCUCCCAGCGGCAGAGGGUACCGGGAUGCCUGCACCAUCACUGACGUGUGCAACAGCACCGAUCUUCCGGAAGUCGAGAUCAUUAGCCUCCUGGAGGAGCAGCUUCCCCAUUAUAAGCUAAGAGCCGAUACCAUCUACGGUUAUGACCACGACGACUGGCUCCACACACCCCUCAUUUCUCCAGAUGCCAACAUCGACCUCACCACCGAGCAAAUUGAAGAGACUCUGAAAUACUUUCUUUUAUGUGCCGAAAGAGUUGGCCAGAUGACUAAGACAUAUAAUGACAUAGAUGCUGUCACUCGGCUGCUUGAGGAGAAAGAGCGAGAUUUAGAAUUGGCCGCUCGCAUUGGCCAGUCGUUGCUGAAGAAGAACAAGACACUAACCGAGAGGAACGAGCUGCUAGAGGAGCAGGUGGAGCACAUCCGGGAGGAGGUGUCCCAGCUGCGGCAUGAGCUGUCCAUGAAGGAUGAGCUGCUACAGUUCUACACCCGGGUCACAGAGGAGAGCGAGCCCGAGUCGGCGUGCUCCACCCCGCUGAAGAGGAAUGAGUCGUCCUCCUCCGUCCAGAAUUACUUUCAUUUGGAUUCUCUUCAAAAGAAGCUGAAGGACCUCGAGGAAGAGAAUGUGGUUCUUCGCUCCGAGGCCUGCCAGCUGAAGACUGAGACCAUCACCUACGAGGAGAAGGAGCAGCAGCUGGUCAGCGACUGCGUGAAGGAACUGAGGGAUGCCAACGUGCAGAUUGCCAGUAUCUCAGAGGAGUUGGCCAAAAAGACGGAAGAUGCUGCCCGCCAGCAGGAGGAGAUCACGCACCUGCUGUCACAGAUAGUGGACCUGCAGAAGAAGGCCAAGGCGUGCGCCGUGGAAAAUGAAGAGCUGGUCCAACACCUGGGCGCUGCCAAGGACGCGCAGCGGCAGCUCACGGCCGAGCUGCGGGAGCUGGAGGACAAGUAUGCAGAGUGCAUGGAGAUGCUGCACGAGGCGCAGGAGGAGCUCAAGAACCUGCGCAACAAGACCAUGCCCAGCACCGCCUCCCGGCGAUACCACUCGCUCGGCCUCUUCCCCAUGGACUCCCUGGCAGCGGAGAUCGAGGGGUCGAUGCGCAAGGAGCUGCAGCUGGAGGAGCCGGAAUCUCCCGACAUCGCUCACCAGAAGCGCGUCUUCGAGACGGUGAGGAACAUCAACCAGGUGGUAAAGCAGCGCUCGCUGACGCCCUCACCCAUGAACAUCCCCGGCUCCAACCAGUCCUCGGCCAUGAACUCCCUCCUGUCCAGCUGCGUCAGCACCCCCCGCUCCAGCUUCUACGGCAGCGAUGUCAGCAACGUCAUCCUGGACAACAAGACCAACAGCAUCAUCCUGGAGGCCGAGGACCAGGGAAAUGACGACCGUAAGAAGCCAGGGACACCGGGCACCCCUGGCUCUCACGACCUGGAGACUGCGCUGAGGCGGCUGUCCCUGCGCCGGGAGAAUUACCUCUCCGAGAGGCGGUUCUUCGAGGAGGAGCAGGAGAGGAAGCUCCGGGAGCUGGCGGAGAAAGGCGAGCUGCACAGCGGCUCCCUCACGCCCACCGAGAGCAUCAUGUCCCUGGGCACGCACUCGCGCUUCUCGGAGUUCACCGGCUUCUCCGGCAUGUCCUUCAGCAGCCGCUCCUACCUGCCAGAGAAACUCCAGAUCGUGAAGCCGCUGGAAGGUUCUGCCACCCUUCACCACUGGCAGCAGCUGGCCCAGCCUCACCUCGGGGGCAUCCUGGACCCCCGGCCCGGUGUGGUCACCAAGGGUUUCCGGACGCUCGACACCGACCUGGACGAAGUGUACUGCCUUAACGACUUUGAAGAAGACGAGACAGGUGACCACAUUUCCCUCCCGGGCCUAGCUACCUCCACGCCAGUGCAGCACCCCGAGACCUCAGGUGAGAGGUGCCAAGCUCACGUGACUGUCUCAGGCAACAGAAGUUACCCGAGCCGGCCUCAGGCUCGCCCCGAGGACAUGCAGGAACUGCCAGCGGCCACGGAGGAGAAGGAGGAGGAGGAGGAGGAGGGGUCUGCACACCACCCCGGGAAGUGCAUGUCACAGACCAACUCCACCUUCACCUUCACCACCUGCCGUAUCCUGCAUCCUUCAGACGAGCUCACGCGGCUCACGCCCAGCCUUAACUCAGCCCCAACGCCAGCGUGCAGUGGCAGCGGCCACUUGAAGCCCACGCCCACGGCCACACCUUGCACUCCCCGGAGACUGAGCCUGGCGGAAUCCUUCACCAACGCGCGCGAGUCCACCACGACCAUGAGCACGUCGCUGGGGCUGGUGUGGCUGCUGAAGGAGCGAGGCAUCUCGGCGGCUGUGUACGACCCCCAGAGCUGGGACCGGGCUGCCCGGGGCUCCCUCCUGCACUCCUACACGCCCCGGAUGGCCGUGAUCCCCUCCACGCCGCCCAACUCGCCCAUGCAGACCCCCACGUCGUCCCCACCCUCCUUCGAGUUCAAGUGCACGAGUCCCCCCUACGACAACUUCCUGGCGUCCAAGCCGGCCAGCUCCAUCCUGAGGGAGGUGCGGGAGAAGAAGAACACGCGGAGCAGCGAGAGCCAGACCGACGUGUCCGUCUCCAACCUCAACCUCGUGGACAAAGUCCGGCGCUUUGGCGUGGCUCGGGCGGUGCACGCGGGCCAAGCCCAGGUUCCCUCGACCUUGACUGAGGACCAGGGACCACUUCUCUGCGGGCCCCCGGGCCCCGCACAGGGCCUGGUCCCCGAGGGCCUGCCUCUCGGCUGCCCCACAGUCACCCACACCAUCGGCGGACUCCAGCUCAGCAGCGGCAUCCGCCGGAACCGCAGCUUCCCCGCCAUGGUGGGGUCCAGCAUGCAGAUGAAAGCCCCCGUGACCCUCACCUCGGGCAUCUUGAUGGGUGCUAAGCUCCCCAAACAGACCAGCUUACGGUGAGGGUGGAGGGCCCCCCCCCCCGCCCCGCCCCACCCGCAGAGACCAA